AUGACACUGGUCUUUGGAAAAUCCACAGCAGCAUUCAGCGGUGUGUCCACGCAGGGCAAUACACCAGAGUUCCAAUCGACAGUCAACCAGCUCGUCCUCUACUACGUCUAUAACUUCAUAGGACGUUUCGUCAUCGGAUACGUCGCGACACUCUGUGUAUGCGUGGCGGGUGCCAGAACAACGCGAUCUCUCAGGAAAAAGUUCUUCGAAUGCGUCUUGCGGCAAGAAAUCUGGCAUUUUGACAAGCGGAGCAAUGGAUCAAUCGCUGCUCAGGUCACGACAAACGGAAACCGCAUCAAUCAAGGCAUUGCUGAGAAGCUCUACUCUACGGUCGGCGGACUAUCACUCUUUCUCUCAUCGUAUAUCGUCGCGCUCGCUGUUCAGUGGAAGCUCGCACUGAUUACUAUGACAAUCAUACCAGCAAACAUCCUGAUAUUUGCAACGUGCAUUCACUUCUCCAUUGCGAUCGACGAACGUAUCACGAAAAGCUACUCUCGAGCCUCCGUCAUGGCCCAAGAGGCCAUCAGCUCUAUCGAGACGAUAAACGCAUGCGGAGCUGCGCUACAGACAGUGAAGAAAUACGGCGCAUUCUUAACAGAAGCACAUCAAGCAGGACUCGCGAAAUCGCCCCUGACGGGGAUCUUCGUCGCAACAUCAGUCUUCUUGGUCAUGUCAGGCACUGCGCUCGCUUUUUGGGAAGGAUACAGGCUUUACUCGAGUGGAGAAGUCAACAAUGUUGGCACUGUGUUCACAGUGGUCCUGAGCGUCACUCUUGGAGCGACUUCCAUCAUAUCAAUGUUGCCGUCGCUCGAGACCGUUAGCGCUGCUUCAUCCGCUGCUGCAGAGCUGUUUGAGGUCAUGGACAAGCAGACUCUUCUCGAUCCACUCUCUCCUGAUGGUGAGAAGCCCGCAAGCUUGACUGGAGACAUCGAGAUGAAGGAGAUUCGCUUCGCCUAUCCUUCUCGUCCAUCAGCCGAGGUACCACAAGGUAUGACCUUGACGCCGCCGGCUGGCAAGACUAUAGCACUCUUGAGAGCAAGUGGUUCCGGCAAAUCGACAAUUAUUGGCUUGCUCGAGCGAUGGUAUGUUCCCACUUCUGGCACGAUCCUACUGGAUGGUCUCGAUAUUGCCAAGUACAAUGUCGAAUGGUUGAGAAGCAAUAUCGGACUCGUGCAGCAAGAGCCUGUCUUAUUUCAAGUUACAAUCUUCGAAAAUGUGGCCAAAGGUCUCAACGAGGAGCAGCUCGCACUUCCACAAGCUGAGCAAUUAGAGUUGGUGAAAGAAGCGUGCAGGUCAAGCAAUGCGCAUGACGUUGUAGAGCGUCUCGCUCAUGGCUAUGAUACACAAGUCGGCGAGCGAGCAAGCAUGCUAAGUGGAGGCCAACGACAACGCAUUGCGAUAGCUCGAGCCUUGAUACGAAAGCCACGGCUUCUGUUGUUGGAUGAGGCGACCAGUGCUCUUGAUACACAAAGUGAGCGGAUCGUUCAGCAGGCGCUAGAUAGUGCUGCUGCGGAUUCAAGUCAGACGACGAUUGCUGUGGCCCAUCGACUCAGUACGAUCAAGAACGCAGAUGUAAUCUUCGUCAUGGAAGAUGGAUGCAUCGUCGAGACUGGCACCCACGACCAACUUCUACAGCAAAGAGGCAGAUACUAUGCUAUGUGUCUGGCUCAAGCGCUGGAUCAAGCGCUGGAUCAAGCGCUGGAUCAAGCGCACGACUGA